CCUGGCCUUGAUGCAACAGUGGUGCGCUCAGGUGCUCGUUGUUGACACCAGCAUCGGAUAUUCACGCCUGAGCGUUAGCGACAGUAGCGAGUGUUCUAUCGGGUUUGUUACUCUUACUAUACUACAUCAUUGUGAUCAUUGCCAAGGAAAUGGUGGUUAAAAGCGGAACGUACUAUAGUAAUGGAAAACAGUGGUGAAAGCGGUGACGACGGCGGUCCUUUAGGUCCAACAUCCUUUCUUCACGGCGGUAGUGAUGUUUCCGCGUCUUAUAUCGGCGUACAAUCAGACGACUUGGAAGAUGAUCCAGAAAAUACAGAUGACUCAAACCAUGGCACUGGAGAUCCUUUACAGGGUGGUGGAGGUGGAGGCGGUGGUGGCACUCUUCGAGAACAGGAUCGUUUCUUGCCAAUAGCAAAUGUGGCCAAGAUAAUGAAGAGAGCUAUCCCUGAAGCUGGAAAGAUUGCAAAAGAUGCAAGGGAGUGUGUCCAGGAAUGUGUUUCAGAGUUUAUCUCGUUUAUCACAUCCGAAGCUAGUGACAGAUGCCACAUGGAAAAGCGGAAAACCAUAAAUGGAGAAGAUAUCCUCUUUGCAAUGACAACCCUUGGUUUUGAUAACUACGUUGAGCCAUUGAAAGUGUAUCUUCAAAAAUAUCGCGAAGCUACAAAGGGUGAUAAUCCUGCCGGAACACCUGGUGCCUCAACAGGAAAUGGGAAGACAGAGCCACAAGGAACCAUCUACGAGGAACAACUAUUUGCCAUUGCUGCUGCUGUACCAAAUGCAACUACUUCCGAUGCCCCUGUUAUAUAUAGUUACUCCUCUUCUGACCAGAUGCAAUUUCAAUUGCAUUGACGGACAAGAUUGACCUUCACGUCAUCAUCAUUCCACAUUUGCACAUAGGAUGAUAACUGCGGCUUAAAUUGACUAAACCUUUUUAAACAAGGUUCGUGAAUUUUCAUAUUUCGCGAUUUUCUUGUUCGUAAUUUACAAAGGCACACAUGUGUGUCCCAUCUCAAACCGUGGACAUUAUGGAGAGCUACGGUAACAUGAUCUAUUGUAUAAAAAGCUAAUCAAGGUAUUCAUUCGAAAAUAGUAAAAGACUUAAUACUAUGAAGAAAUAAAUGUUAAAAUCGGCAAAAAAAA